AUGAAUUCGGCAAGGAAAGAUGGCCGUUCAUUUGGAAAAGCUAGGACAUUCACGGAAGAGACAGAAGCCAUUCCUACAGCCAUUCCUUCUUCUACUCGAUACAAGAAUAAGUGGGCUGUCGAGGUUUUUAAGGAAUGGCAGUAUUACAGAGCAACGAAAGGCGAGACAAGCAGCGAAGUUGAUGAUAAUGUUCAAACUGUUGACACGCUUUUUCAAGAAAUGAAUGGCGAAAGCAUGGCGUACUGGCUGGGGAAGUUUGUACAAGAAGUUGUGCGAAGAGAUGGCCAGAAAUAUCCACCGCGUAGUUUGUACGGUAUAGUCGCCGGUUUGAAGCGGUAUCUUGACGAAAAGAGUGGUUCAUUGGCGUUAAACCCUUUGGAUAAAUCGGAUAGAGGGUGAGUUGCGUCGCGGUUAAUGUGGCUGCAUGUUGUUUGGUAGUUGAUUACAAUUGCUAGGGAAAUAUGCUUCUCGUAUUCGUAAGGGAUCGCCGGCAUCUUUUUAUAGAUUUUUACGUUUUCAAAAGCUGCUAGAGAGUAUGGAGUUGGUAUGGCUAAUUUCGUAGUUAACAAAAAUUGAUGUAAUUAGUACGUGUGUUAUGUUGCUUGUGUGAUUGAAUAAAGUUGUGUGAUUAAAAUUUGCAAUAUAUUCGUUUUUGUUGAGGAUUGAAUUUAUCAUUAAGAAAUGUGGUAACAUUGCAGUUUUCAUUGUUUUCAUUGAUUUCAUAAUUAAGAAAUGUUAUAAUGACGUACGACUUAUCUUGUAUUGUCUUGAGCGUUUAUUAGACACUGAGCUAUACUAUAUUACUGGGGGACCGGCUCAGCAUAAAAAAGUGUCGCCAAAAACAUGACGGAUUUCGGCCUUUGCUGACGCCAGAAUGACGCCAUAUGGUUCCUCCGGCUCAUGGUAAUUACCACUGACCAGGCUCAAUUUUGAGCCCGCUACGACUUUCACCCCCCCCCCCCUGGUUCUUAUUAAAAUAUUUUAGCUUGUUGAAGUCUUUGCAGUAUAUUCCCGUAUUUUUUUUAUUUUUUCAUAUUUUUUGGACCUUUGACCAAAUCAAAUGUGUGCAAGUCAUACACAUUAUAUUCUCGACCUCAAAAGACAGAAAACCUCAAAAUACAUCGGCAAGGACGAUAUUUGAAGCCGCAACUACAGGUAAAAUAUUUCUCAUAUAAACUUCACACACUCGAGAAAAUUUUCUAAAAAAUUGUUGGGUUUAACUGUGGUACAAUGUAUUAUAUUUUAACCACAAGUAUGUAAAGGUCUCUGAAGCCUUGUUGUACAAAGUAAUAAACUUUUGUUUCAUUUAAAUCGUGAGCAAAAUGGUGUUUUGAUCUGUUGUUUUACAUGCUCUAUUUGUUGCAUAUUUUAUGAUGUUUUGAAUAAGCCCUCUGGAAUAAUCCUGCAGUUUGUAUUUCAUGAUACUAUUUUGAAAAUUUAUAAUUUUCUGUAGGUGGUGCGAAACUGUGCAUUUUACAAAUAUCAAAUUAUCUUAAUUUGAUCCUCAGGACUGAUUUUAUAAUGACAUGAAAGUACAGUAUAAUGUGCUACCAGUACCACUAUAUUUUGGGGGAAUAACAAAGAGAAUUUAUUGUAUUUUAUAUUUUGUACUAACUUAUGCAAAAGCUAGAGGUUAACUCAAGGAAGCUCAUUCUGCUGUCGGAGUACCUUAGGUUAACAAUUUUUGAAUCACUAUGAUUGCAGUUCUUGGGCGGGGGUUCUAGUUAGUGCAGGAUGAUGCAACUACUGUAGCUAAGACUAAGCAUAGGUAGCCCAACAAUCAGUGUUAUUAAUUCAUUUCUGUUCAAUAAAAUCAUACUCCUACUUAGUCCCCGACUGCAUUGUUUACGCGCGGUCAGAUCAUGUACGUAUCCCUAUAUUACUAUAGGGAUACGUACAUGAUCUGACCGCGCGUAAACAAUGCAGUCGGGGACAAAGUAGUAGUAUGAUUUUAUUGGACAGAAAUGAAUUAAUAACACUGAUUGUUGGGCUACCUAUGGACUAAGUUGUACAAAUAAACCUCGACUUUUCAGCCGAAGAGCUUGGGGCCUUUAUAUUUAUUAUUAUUUUAGGUUUUGGUGUCAUACAUAUAAAAAAAAGACCAGGCGGAGAAGGGGGGAAUGGUCCCCCGACGGGGAAAUUCAUGAGACCACGUGUAUUUGGUCAAUUUGGGGGUGCUGAGUUUGAAAAUCGAUGGUAUACGGGCUUUAGGCGGGGCCUUCAGCCUCGUUUCCGCAAUUAAAGCCUCGUUUUGUUGCAAAACCGAUAUCUGCUCGAUUGAAGCGAAAAGUAAUGAAGAAUUUGCUCAAUCAGGCCACCUAUGUCAGUUUUUGGGCGCUGAGUUGAACAUUAAUUAUACUCCAGUCUCAUUUUCAAACUUUAAAGCCUCGUUUUCACGUUACAAACCCUCGUUUUCACUAUUUAAAUUUUUAAUAUUUCAAUUACGUUUAAUGCAGUCGUUGUACUGUAAUUAUUUAUUUCGUUUACAGCCAUUUACGGCCAACAAUAAAAUGAAAACAUUUUCGCGCGUUUUUUAUGUUUAUAUCGUGACGUUUAUCGUUGGAAAGGAAAAAACUUGAAGUGUGCAUAUAGACCAACAGUAGUGUAAAUAAGUGCAACUAUUGUUGACAUAACUGUCAUGUUUUGUUGCGUGAAAACAAGCAACUAAGCCGUUUAUGUUUACAUCUCCGUAGAGUUUAUUUAGCCCUACUGUGAUGACAUUUAGAUGUAAUUACGAAAAUUUAACUUAAAUCUUGCUAUGAUAGCACGUCGAUCAAUUCUCGCGGUUUGGCAAAAUAUUUCAAAUUCACGAUUUUCUUGUUUUAAUUUGCUGGUUUGGGUAAAAAAUCGCUGCUUCAACAUCAAAGUUGUUAUUUCUCUGUAAAGGAACCAUAUCUCAAGUGCUUAGGUUGCUAACAAAUUACAAUCGACGUCGCGAUAUAAACAUGGAAAAACGCGCGAAAAUAUUUCCACUUUGCCAUUGAAUGUAAACAGCUGCAAGCGGAAGUUGCCCGUUUAAAAAUGUGUCAAUAAAAGUAUUCACUGAGCGAAGAAAGUAAUCGACAUAAGCCUCUUGCCACCUUGUGAAACCAAUCUGAAGCUUCAUUUCAUCCGUGCAAACUAUGUAGCAUCGAUUUUCAGGAAAGCUAGCCACUUGAUCCUCGAUCUGGAUGAGCCCACAAAUCAUGGCUGGGAUGAAAGAGGGGAAGUUAUCUGGAGCAGUGUUUGUUUCCCUGACGACGUUAGCGAAUUGUUAAUUGGCCAGGAAGUAGAAGAUGAGGAUGAGCUUGAUUUCGUGCAAAACAGUGAUCUGGAAGACGACUUUGAUGACAUGAUGGAGGAAGAGGAUUAA